AUGGACCACCAAACCAUGUCUAAUGUACCGCCCCGUAUAGGGUCGGCACCGCUCUCACACUCCCAGCAGUCAUUUCCGCGUGUGGAAAGCCGGACUGCGGGGGCGUUCCGUGUCUGUCCACUGCGCCCCGGCGGCGAGCGACCACCGCCGUUGCAGCCAUCGGUGUCUCCCUCGACAAACUUCUUUGACCGGGCAGCCCCGCAACCGACAGAACCUCCGGCAGCCAGUCACCCAGCCAACUGCAUCUACGAUAUAGCGGAGUUUGUGAAGUGUCAGCAUACAAAGGAGUCCCCGCCAAAGGGCAUUCUGGAUUUUGUCACGGAGUUAUGGAAAGAGAUGCCCGAGAACAAGGACAGUAGGCCUGAGCACAUUCUUUCCCGUGAGGAACUGUUUAGGGGAGAGUCCAUGCCAUCUAAAGUGAUGAAGGAGCGCAAGUUACACAACGAAGUGCUCGGUAUCCUGGGAAGGGUUGGCGAGGGAAACCUGCCGAAGAUGAAGGAGGAACUUACCAACCUUCCCAUCCGCCAGUCUACAGACAAGGAGAUUCAAGAUGUCAUUCAAGUCAUCUUCAAUAAGUCUAUUCAGCCAGAGGACAGUAUUUUUGUACCCUACUACGUGAAACUGGUGGUGUCUCUUAUUAAUGAUAUCGGUGAGGGUGAACCAGCGGGACGAUUUAUUCGAAAUGCAAUUAUUCGGCAGUGUCAACGUACAUUUGAAAAUGCAGAGGAGGCACAGGCGCAACUUGAGCGAGAAAUAGCAAAUUUACCUGAAGAAGAGGCGGAGCAGCGUCGUCUUAUCUUUGCGGGAAAGCAAAAGGCAAAUAUCAACUUUCUUGGUCUUCUUUUUACUCACGGUCUUGUCCGUGAGAAGGUAGUAUUGCAUGUACUUGAGUGGCUUCUCUAUGGUACAGAAAGAAAGCGCCGUUUUCCUGCAGAUUAUGAAUUAAUUCAUUUUAUGAAUCUUCUCUUGACAUGUGGGAAAAGCUUUUCAAAAGAGGGUCAGGAAUUUGUACCCAAAUUUCGUGCUGUGCUCGAGGAAUUAAUGCACAUGCACCCCCAACGAAGGAUGCAGUUUCUGCUACUUAACACCGUAGAAACGAUAGAUAACAAUUGGGAGCCGCCAUUUGGUGCCAAGGCGACUUCCUCCUCACAGGAACAUGAAACUGAGCGGCGGCCAGUGUCACAGCUGCCACCUCGGAACAAAUUAGUACUAGCGCCCCCAAUGAAUCCGAUUCCAUCACGAGAUGGUUUCUGGGAAGCGAUGGAUAAAUUUUUUGUUACAAGUAAUGCAGAGGAGGUGAUUACGCUGCUGGCGGACAUUCCCGAUGAAACACGGAUUGUGUAUUGCACCUCGGUGAUUCAUCGUUACAUGACAACAACACGAUGUGUUCAGCAGCGUGCCAGGCUUGGUGAACUCUUUGAAGAGUUGGCAAAUAAGCGUGUGCUUCCUGUGGAAGAUGUGCGGAAGGCGUUGUUCAUUCAUUUACGUGAUGCGGUCAAGGAGGACCUGUUCACGGAUGUUCCAAGGUACUUUUGUAACUGGGCGAUUGUUGUAAAGGGCGGUCGGGAUGUGUUUCCACCAUCGUUGCACACGGAAUUUCUUAACAUUCUUGUUGACAAUGGGGCCAGCCGUGAGACAUUAGUUAACAUGGUGCGGGAUGUACAUAAGAUACAAAGUGAGUCUCCAGGGUCGGUAGAGACGGAUGCGAGGUCUCGUUUUCGCGUCCUUCCAGCCCUUUUGCGCUACACGCCUCCGCUGCUCUCCGGUUACAGCAUGGAUGAUACCGAGGACGUAUUUAGGCAGCUUCGUGAUUGUGACUCCGAUGUGGACUAUUUUUACCACUUGUGUGAACAGGAGGACUCCAAAGGGGUUUUCAUGUGCAUCAAUUCCCUUGGAAAAGCCCCUCAUUUGGCUUUCUCAAUGAUAUCUGCCAUCUUUACGUUUGUCCGCUUUGACGUGGAAGCCCUCUGCCGGGAGUAUAAAGAGUCGGUAAAGAAAUUGGUGAACACGAAGCAGUUGCACCUGCUUCUGGAGGAAGUGUAUGUCACAUGGCAGGCCCUCGAUCGUACCCCAGAGAACAGUUUUUUACUUUUUGUGAAGGCACUUCGGUCGUUAAACGCAGCGAGGGAUCAACUUGACAAAUUUAAGACGCUUCUUACCAAAAAUUACGGUGCUGCCGGUAAGAAAGAUGCAGCCAUGCUUGACAAGCUCAAGUAG